UUUACUUUGAAGGGCAGGCAGUAAACGGCGGAGCUGAUGAAGCCUCUGAAGAUGGAGGAGAUUUAAUUUUAAUCUUUUUUUUUUUUUAAUAAUCGACCUCCUGCCUCAGAUGUAACGCGGUGAGUGACUGGUCCUGCGCGUAGACGAUCUUGGGCGGCAGGAGGACGGAAGCCGCCUGUCGUCAGAGGACAGCACCGGGACAGGAGCAGGACCGGGACAGGGGACAAGGGCAGGACCAGGACAGGACUCUCUAAGCGGCGGGCUGCUCGGGUCGUGUCGGCUGUGUGGAGCAGCAGCAGCAGAGGACCGUCAUGGACAGAACGGCCGUGGUGAAGGUCGGAGCCGCGGCCAGCGCCAGUGUGUGCGCCCUGUUCGGCGGCGUGGUCCUGGCGCAGUACAUCGUCGCCAAGAAGAAACGAGCGGGCAAGAAAACCAGGAUCAUCGAGAUGAUGCCUCAGUUUGAGAAGACGACGGUCCACAUGAGGGACCCUGAGCGGGUGGAGCAGAUCAUCUGUGGUCUCAUCAAGGGAGGAGCUUCCAAACUACAGGUCAUAACAGACUUUGACAUGACGUUAAGCAAGUUCUCCAUCAACGGCAAACGCUGUCCUACGUGUCACAAUAUCAUCGAUAACUGCAAGUUGGUAACAGAGGACUGCCGACAGAAGCUGCUGCAGCUGAAGAAUAAAUAUUAUCCCAUCGAGAUCGACCCUCAACUCACCAUGGAGGAGAAAUACCCGUUCAUGGUGGAGUGGUAUUUUAAGUCCCACACGCUACUUGUGGAGCAACGGAUAGAAAAAGACAAACUGCCAGAGGUGGUGAGGGACUCUGAUGCUGCGCUCAGGGAAGGCUUUGAGCAGUUCUUUGACCGCCUGCAGCAGCACAACGUGCCUGUCUUCAUCUUCUCCGCCGGCCUCGGUGACGUCCUGGAAGAAAUCAUCCGCCAGAACGGAGUCUACCACCCCAACGUCAAGGUUGUAUCCAACUUCAUGGACUUCGACGAUAACGGUGUCUUGAAGGGUUUCAAAGGAGAGCUGAUCCACGUGUACAACAAACACGACGGUGCGCUGCGGAACACAGAGUACUUCAAACAGCUGAAGGAAUGUUGCAACAUCAUCUUGAUGGGUGACUCGCUGGGGGACCUCAGCAUGGCCGACGGCGCACCCAACGUGGAGAACAUGCUCAAGAUCGGCUUCCUCAACGACAAGGUUGAGGAGCAGUUGGACAAAUAUCUGGACUCUUAUGACAUUGUCCUGGUGAAGGACGAAACUCUAGAAGUGCCCAACGCCAUCCUGCAGAAGGUUCUAUAACUCCUCCCACAAGCUCACGCCCCCACGACCCGACCUCUCCGCCUCCCUCCAGACCUGUGGCCCGUCUGUUUAAAAAAACAGCGACGGAAACCAGGUGUGGUCUGGUCCCUUUUCCAUUUGUCAUCUUCGGACCCCCCCCCCCCCACACACACACACACACGUGAUGGAAGCCUUUAUUAAAGCCCCCGAGAAUGAACAGUUUUAAAAGUCCACACAGCAUCGGCCCGUUUGUUUUCUGACGCUCUCCUUCUCAUUAUAACUUUGAAGAAAAACCAAAAGUGAGUUAUUUAAAAACAAACUCUCUCUCCAUCUUUCUAAUUUGCACAUUUUCAUUAAUAUUAUUAUUCAUAGUAUUGUUUUUGAAAUGGUAAUGUUUUUAUGCCAUAAAUCAGGUGCCCACACAUAUACAGUGUUUUUCUUUUAGUUUUCCCAGCAUGCCUGUCACCUCCUGUCUGUUUCUGUACGCUACGGUGAUCGGAGUCGUUACAACAACAACAACAACAACAACAACAAAAGGAUCUUGGGAAAUGUGACUCCUUGUAAGAAUUGAAAUGUGCAGUUCACAGUAAUAACCUCCGACACAGUGUUGGUUUAAUGAAAUAGAGGAUUCACAUCACCAGAGGGAACAAACUUGAUGAACUCGGUGCACGAAUGAACCUGAACCUCCGGCGAUGUCGACCCGUGGCUGCGUGAAGAGCUUGAUGCACCGAGACGUAAUGUUUACAUGAGAUUUUUUUUUUUUAAUUUUCUCAUUAAGAUUCAUAUAAACACACGAGAGUAAGGAAUCUGUUUAGUCACUGAAACAUUCAAGUCAUAUUUUUAAUUCUCUGCUCAGCUGAUUGAAUAAUCCAGUGUCUCCUCGUCAUUGCUGCUCGAAGGUUAAAAAAGGGAAUAAAUAACUUGACCUCUAGUUUCACAGCAGGAACUACAAGAGUGGGAAAAACUCAUUCCUGCAAAUUCUUAUUUAAAAUUAAACUGUGAUAUCACAGUAUAUCUCUCGGGCUGUUUGAGGCGACACGAGGAGACUCCCUGCUGUGAAACCCUGAAACUCAACCCUACCUCUAAAAUAUAUUUUUAAUUUGGGAGGUUCAGAGCUAAAGCGACACUGAUUCACUUUGUCUCAUGUUGUGUUGAAUGUUCUUCUGUUUUUUUUUGUUGACUUUGUGUUUGUUUUUAAAUGUGCUGCUAUCACCUGCAUGUUGCCUUUUCUCAUUGUUACGUUUAUGUCAAAGAGAUGAGACACUAAAAAAAUAAAUAUAUAUAUAUAUAAAUAUAUAUAUAAAUAUAUAUCAAUAAAAUGGGAAUAAUGUCAUAUUGUAUAUGUGGGCAUCAUAUGGAAAUGUAUAUUACUUCAUGGCAUUUGGAGAUAUUUCCAGUAUAGACUAUAGUGUGUGUGUGUGUUGUAUUUUUAUAAGCAGAUGGCUUUCUCUUUUUCUUUGAGCGUGUGAACUGAAAAUGCAAUAAAAAGUCAUUUUGUGAAGCACGA